AUGUUGUGGCUUGGGGACAAGCCGGCACAAGAGGAGAGCGAUAAGGGCAAAGGAAAAGGCAAGCGGCCAGACAUGGAGAAGGGAUUCGUCUCCCCCUUCGCGAGAGACCCACCAUCCGCACCGGCCGCGGCCGAGCCCCGGGGGAGCCCGAGACGGCAAGGCAGCCCGCGGCCGGCGAGCCCGCGGCCUAAGGUUGAGGCGAAGGACACCACCAGGAGGCUGGUGGAGGACGGCUACCCCACGCCGUUGACAGCGUCACAGCCCACGCUGACACCAUCACAGGCACGGGUGCCUGCAAAGCCAGGCUUAAACUCAGGUAGGUCGACGCCGAAGUCUGUUGAGGGCCUCUUGGGCGGCAGCGAUGAUGACGGUGGGCCUCUAAUACCCUGUCCCGACUGUGGCCGGAGCUUCAAAGCAGACAGUCUGGAGCGGCAUACGAAAAUCUGCAAGAAGGUCUUUCAGCAGAAACGCAAGCAGUUCAACAGUGCUGCCAACCGCUUGGGUGAGUUCGAGAAUGCCAAUGUGCUCAUCGCAAAUGCCUCUAAGAUAGAGCGACAAAAAGACGCUCCGAAGGAGGUGCCGGACAAGGCAGCCAAAAAGGACAAGUCAGUCCCGAAGUGGAAGGCGCAGUCGCUGGCUUUCCGCCAGGCCAUCCUUGCAGCAAAGGGUUCUUCGGACCCGGAAGCCGCCAAAAAGGCCGCGGAGCUGCAGAAGGAGAUCAACGCGGCCAACUUGGCCUCGGGAGGAAACAUCAUGGAGUCGGACAUGGUGAAAUGCCGCUGGGCUCAGAUCGGUGGACGCGUCGUGUCCUUGGACGUGGAGGAGUUCUUGGAGGCGGCAGAUGGUCCUGCGAGGCAAGGCGCAGGCGGCGCAGGCCGCGCAGGCAAUGACCUGUCCGAGCCCUCGCCUCGCCUGGUGUUGGUGGAUGUGCGGUCACCCGGCGAGUUUGCUGUCGGACACAUCCCAGGUGCAAUGAACGUCCCGCUCUUCGACGACGAGGCACGCGCGACCGUGGGCACCGACUUCAAGCGCAAGGGCCGCUUCGAGGCGAUCCGACGAGGCCUGCAGCUGGCAGGAGCGAACUUCGCGAAGUUUGUCGACGCUUUGCAGGAGCUGGGGGCGAAGCCGGGCUCGCGCUUGCUCGUGUAUUGCUGGCGCGGCGGGAUGCGCAGCGGCUCCAUGGCCUGGCUGUUCCAACUCUGCGGCUACGAGGUUCACACCUUGAAAGGUGGCUACCGCGCUUUCAGGCGAUGGUGCAAGGCAACAGUAGGGAACGAGCAUGCGCCAGCGCCGGCACCGGUGUUGGUGCUGGGUGGCUGCACCGGCGUAGGCAAGACCGCGGUGCUCUUGGAGCUCCGGCAGCGAGGUGAGCAGGUGCUCGAUCUGGAGGGAUUGGCCAACCAUCGUGGCUCUGCGUUCGGUGCUAUUGGCCAGCCCGGGCAGCCUAGCAAUGAGGCCUACGAGAACAUCCUCGCCUUCGCCGUGCGCCGGGUGAAGCCUGGGUUGCGGCUUUGGCUCGAGCACGAGUCCAGACACGUCGGCAAGGUACUUGUCCCGCCUGGAAUCCUGUCCUGGGUUACGAAGCCCAGUGCCAUGCUCAUUCUCUCUAUGGAGCAAUCCUUGCGGGUACAGAGGUUGGUGGAAGACUAUUGUACCCAGGCAAAGCUGCAAGAAUGUGGUCGGGAAGAGCUGAAGCAGUGCAUCUCGGGAGGUUUGGCCAAGAAGUUGGGUGGUCAACGAGUCAAGGAGGCACUGCAGAUGUUGGAUGAAGGACGUUGGGAGGAGGUGGCCGCAAUGAUGUUAGACUACUACGACAAGCUCUACACCACCUGGGCCAGGCAGAGCGAAUGCUUAAAGCGAAUUGACGUUGACUGUCCGAGUGUGGAUGCCGCCGCGAACGCCGAGCUGGUGCUGCUCGCUACUGAAAGGACCGAGGCAGCCGCUGAAAAGCCCGAGCCGAUGGCCGCAACGCAAAACGGCUGGGUCGAAGAGGGAGCCCUCUACGAGGGGGCCUGCUACUGUGGCGAGGUGCGCGUUCGAUGCCGGGGGGAGGCACGGGCCAUCAGCUACUGCCACUGCUCUGUUUGCAGACGCCUCUCCGGAGCACCCUUCUCAUGCCAAGCCCUUUUCCAAGACGACCAGGUCUCCUUCGAGCUUCAGCCCGGGGCCAGCCUCGCGGCGCUGCGCACCUCCAAAGGCGUGGAGCGCAGCCGCUGCGGCUCCUGCUUCGCCCCGGUGCGCGGCACCCUGCAAGGAGGGAAGCUCGUCGCUGUCCCCUUGGUCUUGCUCGCCUGCUGGAGGGGCAACGGCGAAAGCGAAGGGCCGAAUUCGAGGCUGAGGCCCAGGCAUCAUCUCCACUACGACGAUCGGGUCAUGGAUGUACGUGAUGGGCUGCCAAAGUAUGCAGCUGGCCUGCGCGACACAGGUCGACUUCCAGAGAGCGAGUGGUGA